UGUGUGUCCAGUAUCUAGGCGGGACAAAUGGUCAGACUGAUCAAAUAAACUUUUUUACUCACUAGGAAACGGACACAUACAACUUUUCCUCAGCUAUGCAUCAAAUGCAGUGUGUUCCCUCUUUUUAUUUAUUCACGGUUACUUUAAUGUGACUUGGGUUAACUUACAGAAGUGUUGGAUCCGAAAUUCUUGGAGAACUGGAACUGUAAACGUGUGAUACUUACAGUAAAGUUACCUGUACCAUUCCUACGGAUUUUUACCAUUUUUAGGCACGACCUAUGCCGCGUAGUAUGUGAGAGAGGUACAUUUCUCUUUUUGGGUGGAAAAUGUCCAGUACAUUAUCAGAAGGUCAAAAAUUAAUCCAGAAGACUUUAAGAAGUCCAUUGAAGGCAACAUCAACAAAUGACAAGAGGCAUGUUUUUGUCGAACCACAAACACCACUAAAAAACAAUAAGGCUUCAGCAUCUGAAGCUUUAUCACUUGAGAGCCAUAACAUGGGGCCCCUGACAACACCUACUAAGGGCCUUGAGGCACCGUCUAGCGAGCCGUGGACACCCACCUCCAACCUGAAGAUGCUUAUCAGUGCGGCCAGUCCUGAGAUUCGCAACCGCGAGAAAGAACAAGCCGUGGACAGUGGCGAAUCGGAGAACUCACAGGAGACUGAAGAAGUAGAAAAGCUCCAGAUAAGUCGUAAAGACAAAAGCCUUGGUUUGCUGUGUCACAAAUUUCUUGCAAGGUACCCAAACUACCCCAAUCCUGCUGUAAACAACAAAAUCAGCCUCGACGAUGUGGCAACCGAACUGAAUGUGGAACGGCGUCGUAUUUACGACAUCAUGAACGUUCUCGAGAGCCUAAACAUGGUCAGCCGGCUGGCCAAGAACUGCUACACGUGGCACGGCCGGGCGAAACUUGCGCAGACACUUGCCGUGCUGAAGCGGGCUGGCAAAGAGAACCGCUAUGAGCAACUGAUGCUCCAGAUCCGUCAAAGGAACCUAGAGCGAGAAGAGAGAGAGUUCGACUUGGAGGGAGAGGAGAAGGAGAAUGAAGAAAUGUCCGGUUUUGAAAUGGAUGGAGACUCUGGUCAUGCAGAGCUUUCAGGAACAGAUCCUAAAGCAGCUUCAGCGAAUAGUCGAAAAGACAAAUCUCUGAGAGUGAUGAGUCAGAAAUUCGUCAUGCUGUUCCUGGUGUCCAGCCCUCCAGUGGUUAGUCUUGAAAUAGCUGCCAAGAUCCUCAUCGGUGAAGAUCACGUGGUGGAUCAGGACAAAAACAAGUUCAAAACUAAGAUCCGCAGACUUUAUGACAUUGCAAAUGUUCUGAGCAGCCUUGAGCUGAUAAAGAAAGUGCAUGUGACUGAAGAUAGAGGAAGAAAGCCUGCUUUCAAGUGGACUGGACCAGAAGACUUACCAUCUCCAAAGGAUCUGGGGACCUCUACUGCAUCACAGCCUCUGGAGUCUCGUUCCUCUGUUGAUAACUGUGCUAAAAAUCUCUUUUCCUCCCCCGGAACAAAGCGAGGUUUUACCCGCCACAAUUCCUUAGUCAAGCUGGUUAAGAGCAUACAGAGCGACCGCAGGAAAAUAAACUCUGCACCUUCUAGUCCUGUUAAAAUGACAGGUGAUUCUGCAAACAGUGAGUUCUACACAAACAAAAUGGCUCAUCUGGCUGCUAUCUGCAAAAAGCAACUAGAUGAACAAUCGACGGUCCAUCAUGUUCAACCAAACAAUGAGGUGACGGACAAUCUGAAUGGAAGCCCUUCACACUCAUCUGAAUCCUCGUCUUCUAGCAAUCAUCAGCCUUGUGGGCCUUCAGGAAUGCAGAUCCCAGUUCUACCCACUGGGGCGAUCUCAUACCUUUCGACUAAGUGUUCCCCGAUCAUCCCGGUUCUGUUUCCUCAGCACCAGGCAGGCGGGUCAUAUGCUGUUUACAUGCACCCCACCUCUCUAAGACCACAGCCCACCAGCCUAGCGGUCCGUUCAAUGACAUUUGAGAGCCCAGGGAGUGCAAACGCAAAGACAUCACCGACUGCCAUGACUAACAGUAACGAAACCAACCACCAAUCAUCCCACGGUUCAGAACCGACAAGUCCCUCAACCCUUAAACGAGCAUGUGGAGAAAAGAGCUUAGUGGGAAGUCCAUCCAAACUGCAGCGGAUAGAGCCAAAGAGCGGUUCUCCAAAGCUGUGUGAGAUUCUGCAAGCUCGUCUAAAGGCCCGUAGAGGGUCUUUAGUCUCGCACCGGCCUUCCCCGAGAGCCCUGCAUCUGGAGUUCACCAAGCCCUGUGAGAACCAGCCUGGUUCAUUACCCACCAGCACAGCGCCUCUGGAGCACAGCGUGGAGACCUUCCUGGAGAAGGAGGAGAAGGUUCAGACGACCUCAGACAACGAGGCAGGACUGACCCCUGUUAGACCAUCUCAGUCGCAGCCCCAGAAGAUCAGCACUCCCUUUCAGGACGUGGGGCUGCCAUCUGGAGCCAUGCAUACAGAGACUUUGAUCCUGCAGGUUAUUUGA